AUGACGUGGUGGCAUCUCGUUGUCGCGCAACCAUGCCUCGCCCUCGGCGUGGUUGGAGCGGGCUAUCUGCUUUCCCUGGCCGUAUAUCGGCUGUACCUGUCACCAAUCGCUCAUUUCCCAGGACCUAAGCUGGCUGCAUUGACCAUGUGGUACGAGUUCUACUACGAUUCAUAUCUUGGUGGUCAAUAUACGUUCGAAAUCGGCAAAAUGCACCGAAAAUAUGGCCCGAUUGUGAGGAUCAGUCCUUAUGAACUACACAUUGACGACCCAGAGUACUACGACGUUUUGUACUCUCGAGACAAGCCUCGCAACAAAUCAGUACACCUGACCGGCAUGUUUGGAGCACCAGACUCUGCCUUCGGUUCUGUCGAUCACCGUCGUCAUCGCAUACGCCGACAACCCAUGAACCCAUUCUUCUCCCAGCAACGGAUCCGACACCUUGAGCCAAUGCUUCGUGGAAUGAUGGAUAAGCUGCGCAAGGGAAUGAAGGCCUGGAAAGAAAGGAACACACCUCUGCAUAUGUAUCAUGCGUUCAAUGCCUUCACUACAGAUGUGGUUGUGGAGUAUUCCAUGGGCGAGUCAUUCCACUAUCUAGAUGACCCUGAGUUCACCCCACAAUGGUCUAAGACAAUCCAGUCAAUUGUCCAGAUGGGUGUACAGCUGAAGCAAUUCCGCUGGGUCAUAGGUUUUUUCGAAUUGCUUCCACGGUGGCUAGUUGUUAGCCUCAACCCGGACAUUGGCCCGGUUAUCGACCAGAAGGUAGAAAGUCUCCGGCUGGCAAACUUGAUCAUCGACAGUGAAAAAUCCAGUGCCAACUCGACGGAUAAAAAGUCCGGUCUGCCAAAAGACACAUUGUUCCAUGCGCUGCUGGACAGCAAGCUUCCUGCGGAGGAGAAAUCAGCUAGUCGCCUAAGCCAGGAGAUUUUCACGGUCAUCUCCGCGGGCGGAGAAACGACUGCGAAGAAUUUGACGACACUCACUUUUCAUCUUUUGAAUAAUCCCGACAAGCUGCAGAAGCUACGCGACGAAUUGAACCGCCUUGAUCCUAAUGGGACGGCGUCUUUGGUGGAAUAUGAGACAAUGCCCUAUUUGACAUCGGUUAUGCUCGAGGGACUAAGACUCACAAACGCUAUCUCGACAAGGCUUCAGCGCAGCUCGCCAGUUGAUCCUAUGAAAUACAAGGACUGGGUCAUUCCACCUGGAACGCCUGUUGGCAUGACAAGCAUAUUUAUGCACCAUAAUGAAGACAUCUUCCCGGACUCGCAAAGUUUCAUCCCAGAGCGCUGGAUGGAUCCAGAUCAGCGGAAGUACCUCGAAAGGUACAUGGUCGCCUUCAGCAAGGGCUCCAGACAAUGCAUUGGUAUUCCUCUCGCGCGGGCUGAGAUUCUUUUGGCUGUGGCCACAAUCUUCCGUGAAUUUGAGAUGGAACUGUACGAAACUACGAUCGAUGAUGUUCGUAUUGUGCGCGACAUGUUCAAUGGUCACCCUAGAGAGGGAAGCCAAGGUAAUUCGCUACUUCACUAUCUCCAAGCCCGGGGUAUCCCCGCCUCCAAAGACAUUCAACCUCCUCCUGAAACUGCCUUGCCAGAGCUCACACAUCAUUGUAGUGACGAAUCUCUUUACUCCCCGAUUCUUGGUACUAAUAUCUCAAUGGAUGCCGGAAACGAAAGCAUAUCAACUAGCCAGCAACCCAUAUAUCCCGGAACAGAACCAUUCCUUGGAACAGAAGAUGUCCCUGAAUCCUUUUGGGGCCACCUUGAGAACCUCCCAAACCCGGCCGAACGUCUUCCUAGAGUGCCCGCCCAAGAAAUGCCCACAUCUUUCCGAAAUAUGCGGAAGGAGAUUUUGAAGUUGAAGAUCGAGCUUCUCGAGGACCUAGAGAUGCUGGAAACGGACGCCGUGGCGCUGGCAUCCGAAUCCCUUCUGAAUGACCUAUUCAAUCCAUCCGUCGCGCGGCUCGAUCUUCCAACCUAUCGCAUGCUCAACCAUUCGUACCGAUUCUUUGAAAUAAUUCAGUCUCUGCACAGAGUACCUAAGACGUCCAACUUGACUCCUGCUAAGUUACCAACGCAGAGUCACUCUCAGGGACUUGCAAAUUCAAGUUUACUAUUUCAAGACGUCAGCGACACCAACUUGGAUGAAUGUGCGACUACAAUAUCAUCCCAUGAUUCCAGUUACCAAACAGCGAUGACAUCUUCCCCGGAUCGGACUGUGGUCACCCCAAGUCCGAUACACGAUAUUGCAGUGUGGCUGAGCGUGUUAGAAGCACAUUGCUAUCUGGUUCGCCUUUACCGUGCUAUAUUCACGCGUUUGUAUCAGCUCUUCCUCAUCAUCGCUCCUGUCGACGCGCAAAUGUAUUUGCUAUUACCCAAACUCCAACUUGGACAAUUUCACACGGAUGGCAAUCUCGCUGUUCAAGUCCAAGUUCUCGUUGAUCUCUGCUCUAGCAUGAUGGGUCAGAUCCACGAGGUUCUCGGGUUGCCAUCAAGCUAUGAUCAGACCCAGGAAGAGAGAGAGAUUCGCUUACCUGCAGCAGUUGGGGAAGGCAACUGGUCAACCGCCAUCCGAGAUCUUGUCUUGGCGCAGGAGCAAGAUCCGUAUGAGAUGUCUUUGGUGGAUCUAAUGAGAUGCUUACGGCAACUUGCUCGGGAUCCUGCUUUUCAUUGA